AGUUGGCCUUAUUGUCCAGAAGGGGGCGUUUGGCUUUAAGAAUUUUAGGAAUCCGAAUAUGAGAAACUUCGUAGUCAGACUUAACGAGGGAGGAGGUGGGACUUACAGUAAAUUCGUAAAAAAGGACGCUACCCACUUUGAACGCUGGUACCCUCCAGACGAGAAACUUACCUCUUUUGCUAAGCCUGUUUAAUUGCACCCAGCCUGUGAUGGAGCAGACCGGCACUCUCGUAGGAGUUCCCCCUGGACUGGAGUACCUGACUCAGAUCGACCAGAUCUUGAUUCACCAGAAAAAGGAGCUACUGGAAGUCCUCUGCGGCUUUGAGACCAACAACCAAUAUGAGAUCAAGAACAUCAUGGGCCAGACCAUCUACAAGGCGCUGGAGGACACCAACUGCUGCAUCCGCAACAUGUGCGGCCCGCUGCGCCGCUUCAACCUGAUGAUCAAGGACAACAUGGACCAGGAGGUCAUGCACCUGGUGCGGCCUUGGCGCUGCAGCAGCUGCUGCUUCCCCUGCUGCCUGCAGGAGCUGGAGGUACAGUCGCCCCCUGGCACAGCGUUGGGCUAUGUGGUCCAGGACUGGCACCCCAUCCUGCCCAAAUUCUCCAUCCUGGGGCCUUCCAGGGAGACCGUUCUCAAGCUGGAUGGUCCAUGCCUGCUCUGUAACUGCUGCGGCGACGUCAAAUUUGAGCUAAAGGGGAAAGACGGCCAGGAGGUGGUCGGGCGAAUCACCAAGCAGUGGGGCGGCCUGCUGAAGGAGAUCCUCACAGACGCUGACAACUUCGGCAUCCAGUUCCCAAUGGACCUCGACGUCAGGAUGAAGGCCGUGCUGGUGGGGGCCUGUUUCCUCAUCGACUUCAUGUACUUCGAGACAGCUGGAGAUGGAGACAACUUGUGCUCGUGUCUCUUCUCUUGAGCGCCAGCCGCUGGAGGAGUCUGGCCGUGAAGUAACAGGAAGUGCAGAAGCGGCAUUAUUGUGGUAGACAGUCAGCUGGGUGUUACAUCCACAUGUUGUGCUUCCACUGCUCAUUCAUUUAAAACACUGUAUUUCUACCUUCAAUCCGUGUGCAGGUCAGUAUGGCAGGAUAUCGUGGUAUGAAAUUCACCAUUACCAAAGAUCCACCCGUCCAUCCAUUCAUCCAUUGAUUAUACAUAACUGCUUAACAAGGAUGCCUACCAAAAGCAUUAUUAAAUAUUACCCCUUAUAUUAUAGCAGUGUUACACGUAUAACCAAACAUAUUUAGUCGAAAUUUAUAUAGCAAUUUCAUACAUGUUUUAUAUCGCACUUAAUUUUUCCUACAUUUCCUUUUUGACAACUAAUUUUUAACAAGGAGUCCAAACCCUUCCCCCGAAAUUUGCUUCAGGCUCCCGGUCGCAUGCAAAAUCUACCGCUACGGUCCGGUCUGCAAAAUACACGAGAGACACGGUAUACCCACCGCGAUAUCUGUUUCUGGCUGUGGGGCAGCUUGUCACAUUUCACAUUGCAUUGGGCUGGAUACUUCGGAAUGGAUGAAAAUGGAUGAAGCAGGAAUAGUUGUAACGCACGCGAUGUCUUAAUUGCAUCGGAUUUAAAUCCAUGAUUCCAACUUGCUAUUUGUCUACUACUGACCGACAACACUUGGGCUUUGCGUUCUGAAUCAGGGCGGGGUCGGCACGAGAGAGCUAUUGCAAAUACGGGCUAUUCCAAGAUACACUUCAAUAUGUAGUAAUUAUAUUGCAUGUAAAUGUAGUACACGAUGAAACAGUUAUUUUGUAUUUUUAUAUUGAAUUUCAAGUUAAGGCAUAAAAUAUAUUUUCCCUUUA